CGCGAUCGGUUAGCAGGCGAGGCCGAGAUCAAUAUGCCAGACGCUCCAGUGAUCGACGGGACGACAGCCGCCGGAGAAACAGCAAUGCCAGGGGUGGGUCACGAUCCCGAUCGCCCACCAGAUCCCGGUCACCCAGUCAUGAGGAAGUUGACAAUGGGGUCGACUCGCGUAAAGACAGCCGCCGCAGUGACCGCCGCGAUGGCCGUGCUUCGUCCCGCAGUCCACCUCCCAGACGCCGUGGGUCCGCAUCGCGCUCUCGCCCCACUUAGACACGAAGAUUUACGCCGAGCUUUCGGGAGGUAUGGGCACAUUUUGGAUAUCACCAUUCCUUUGGAUUACUUCACCGGUCGGAUGAAAGGCUACGCCUUCAUAGAAUAUCCUUUUUGCAGUGUUUUCCAGUUUUUGCUUCAAAAAAUUCUAAUUUGUUCCCGUUGUGUUUGCCUCCUAGGCGAUGCCGGCAACUGCACUUUACCCAAAUCAAUUCAAUUGUUCAAUGAUGUUAGCGUGCUUUCCUUGACUAUCUGUAUCACGUUCGAAGACCCGCGGGACGCAGAAGAUGCCCACUACAAUAUGGAUCAUGCGCGGUUUAUGGGUCGUGAUAUCGAGGUGGAAUUCACUAGAGGUUAUCGCAAAACGCCGGCGGAAAUGCGCCUAAAAGAACGGCGCGAGGAUGGUCGCAGCAGCGGUCCUGGUCGUCGUCGUCGUUCGCGGUCUCGCUCACAUACAAGCAGGCGAGGCCGAGAUCAAUAUGCCAGACGCUCCAGUGAUCGACGGGACGACAGCCGCCGGAGAAACAGCAAUGCCAGGGGUGGGUCACGAUCCCGAUCGCCCACCAGAUCCCGGUCACCCAGUCAUGAGGAAGUUGACAAUGGGGUCGACUCGCGUAAAGACAGCCGCCGCAGUGACCGCCGCGAUGGCCGUGCUUCGUCCCGCAGUCCACCUCCCAGACGCCGUGGGUCCGCAUCGCGCUCUCGGUCGGGUUCUUAUUAA